AUGGUGGAAGAUGUGGUGCUCAGUGACAACGUGACAGGUGUUCACAACGUUCCACUAUCCAAUGUGAGGUACAGUGAUAAUGCUGGCAGUCACGAUUAUCACAAAUUGGAAACACAUUUAAAGGAAGAUUAUCAUGACACAUAUUAUAAGGAUGAACUACGCCCAAGAGAUAUUUACGUGUUGGUAGACGAAUCCUUCAACAUAACAUGCACCGUUCAUUCCGAACGUUUAAUCAAAUCCAUUGACCUGCCAAAUCUUCUCAAGUCCAAUGUUAAUUAUACACGGUUUAUUGCCAACCAAUCAAUUUUGGGGAGAAGUAAAGAGAACGACAACAAUUUCAAAGACACCAACGCUCCAGAAAGUCGUUACAUGAUUGUUCUAAAUGUUGAAAUCUGGAAAGCUUCCAUGAACAUGAACGGAUUUCAUCAUUGCGUUGUGGUUGAUGAAAAUGAGGAACUGAUUUUUAUUGCAACCAUGUCCAUAACAGUUCAAUACUCAUCAAAUCCUGUGAUUGAAGUUAUGAGCUGGUUCAAUGGAGCCAGCUGGUUGAUUGUCUACUGCACCAACAGGACAGGUGUGAACAGCUUUAGCACCAAGUCACAUGGCAUCUUGACAUCUCUCAACACAUCUCUUGCUUGCCGUUAUUUAACCCUAUCAACAAAUUUCGGAAAUAAUGUAAGUGCUGAAGAUGUUGAAAGUACGAAUUACGCGGUGGUUCUUAAUGGAAGCAGCGCUGAUGACAAUGACAAAAGUGUAGAAAAUUUCGUAUUGAACCUCGAAUGCUGGAACGGUUUAACAGCUUUUCAACAAUCUGCCAAUGUUGAUACAAUCGCUUUAAAUGCCUCCACUUCAAACUCAAGACCGAUAAGACUGUUGAAAAUUUCUCACGAUGUUGCCAGCGACGAACUCCACCUAACUUUCAGGACUUCCAUCGCCUGGAACCCACUUGUGCUACCUCUCUGUUAUUAUGUGACGACAUCCAACAACUUGCACUUAUCUAACCAGCAAAUCAAUUCAACUUUGGAAACGUUCCAAGUGAAAUUGGACAUCCUCAGUGAUCCAGCACUUGUUAGUUCUAAAAUAAACGUAUGUCUCCAUGCAACCAUCAAAUACAAAGAACCACAAAAACCGUGCUCUGAUCAUAUAGAAGACUUUGAAACCGAUGCUGCUCGGUCAAUGAUGUACAGAAGAUGUGAUCAGCUGAUCUUGUCCAAAAUCAAUACUAGUCAUUGGGAUUUUUUCGUAGUACCUUCAAUCGUUAUUGCUGUACUCUUUCUGCUGUUCGUCACUGUCAUCUUGCUUUGUCGAAGCAGAAUUUGUAAACACCAAAACAUCUCAAUGCCUAUAAAAGAGACAGACUCUUCCAACCAUUACUUUCAGUUAGAUACUAAGGUAGAAUUAAGUUUGAAUCACUAUCCGAAGGAUAAUCAAAAUAUUGCAAUUAGUACUUCGUCAAAUACUGAAGAUCCUGACAACAGUGUUGAAAACAAUAAUAACGAUGUUGGAAAUUUUGUCAACAAUGUUGGGAAUGACAUCCAGAAUGCUGGAAAUGACAUCCACAAUGUUGGUAAUGACAUCCAUAAUGUUGGAAAUGACGUCCACAAUGCUGGGAAUGACAUCAACAAUGUUGGGAAUGACAUCAACAAUGUUGGGAAUGACAUCAACAAUGUUGGGAAUGACAUCAACAAUGUUGGGAAUGACAUCAACAAUGUUGGGAGUGGCAUCAACGAUAACAGUAACGACAUCAACCGCAAUGAAAAUGACAUGCACGUUGUCGGGAAUUGCAUCAACAACGUUAGAAAAGCCGUCACCAAUAAUGAAGAUGAUGGUGAUGUAACAGAUUCAGAGGAAGAAAAUUAUUCCAAAGUAUCACUCCAACAUGUUCCAAUCAGUUUUAUAUAUCCACCAAACAGAAAACCAGUCAAUGUUUGGGCAGAGCAGUAUUUAAAUAAUGAUGAUGACGAUGGUGAUGACCUUGACGAUGAUGAUGGUGACCAUAUGGGUGAGAGCAAUGACGCAUCAGAGCCUGAUUCAUAUUGCAGAUCAGCAACUGUGAAUAUUAAACAGAACUGUUUAUAA